CACUUUCUUUGAAAAGCGUGUAAUGGCAAAUUUAUCAUCUGCUUAAAUAAAACACCAUUUUUGUACACACUACUGAUAAUUUGGCUGCCAUAACCCUAAUUCUGCGGCCCCGCCUCAUUGAAAGUGGCAAGCAUAUCACUCUCCUUCCAACAGUUUCAACUUUCAGGUUUCGUUCAACACAGCUCUAAGUUAUAGGCUGACGGAAGAAAACAGUUGGCAUCAAGAAAGCAAGCAACAAAAGCGAAGAAGUGACAGUGAUGUUUAGGUCUGUUGCUGCUCAUUCUCCUGCCACACCUAUCACUGCUAUUUCAUUUGGAGAACCCCGUGCUCGGCUGUUUCUUAAGGAAGCCAAUCCUUCACCUCUUCUUUCUAUAUUCACGAGUGUCCCUCUCCAUCAUUCCGUGCUAAGACGGCGGUGCUCUACUCUCAAAGCCAUGGCUGAUGGUGAAACCAUCACUUUUUCUUCAAAGAUCACCAUACCAUCUGCUUCUGGAAAGAAACUAGCUCUGAUAUCAUUGUCAGACAAGAAAGAUCUUGCAUUUCUAGGAAAUGGGCUUCAAGAACUGGGCUAUACAAUUGUUUCAACUGGGGGAACAGCAUCUACAUUGGAAACUUCUGGGGUUCGAGUUACUAAGGUGGAGGAGCUUACAUGUUUUCCUGAAAUGCUUGAUGGCCGUGUAAAAACUUUGCAUCCUUCUAUACAUGGGGGCAUUCUUGCUAGAAGAGACCAAAGGCAUCAUAUGGACGCCUUGAAGAAACAUGGAAUUGGCACAUUUGAUGUUGUUGUGGUAAACUUGUAUCCCUUUUAUGAAAAAGUCACGUCAUCUCAAGAAAUUAACUUUGAAGAUGGAAUUGAGAACAUUGAUAUUGGUGGCCCGGCUAUGAUCAGAGCUGCUGCAAAGAAUCACAAGGAUGUUUUGGUGGUCGUAGAUAGUGAAGACUAUCCUGCACUGCUUGAAUUUUUGAAAGGAAGCAAGGAUGACCAACAAUUUCGCAGAAAGCUUGCUUGGAAGGCAUUUCAACAUGUGGCUUCUUAUGAUUCUGCAGUCUCAGAAUGGCUGUGGAAGCAGACUGUUGGAGAUAAAUUCCCUCCCAGCUUUACCGUGCCUCUUUCCCUCAAAAGUUCUCUUCGCUACGGGGAAAAUCCUCAUCAGAAGGCUGCCUUUUAUGUUGACAAGAGUCUUUCGGAGGUCAAUGCUGGUGGUAUUGCUACAGCAGUCCAACACCAUGGAAAGGAGAUGUCAUAUAAUAACUACUUGGAUGCCGAUGCAGCUUGGAACUGCGUAUCAGAGUUUAGGAAUCCUACCUGUGUAAUUGUGAAGCACACAAAUCCAUGUGGUGCAGCUUCACGUGAUGAUAUUCUGGAAGCAUAUAGGCUGGCUGUGAAGGCUGAUCCCGUUAGUGCAUUUGGUGGCAUUGUUGCCUUCAACGUAGAAGUUGACGAGGUUCUUGCAAGGGAACUUCGGGAGUUCAGAAGCCCUACAGAUGGUGAAACUCGGAUGUUUUACGAGAUUGUUGUUGCACCCAAGUACACAGAGAAAGGGCUUGAGAUCUUGCGUGGGAAAUCUAAGACACUGCGAAUUCUCGAGGCAAGCAGAAAUGAGAAAGGAAAACUAUCCCUCAGGCAAGUUGGUGGGGGGUGGUUAGCACAGGAUGCUGACGACUUGGUUCCACAAGAUAUAAAACUUAACGUAGUUUCUGGAAAGGCUCCUCAAGAAAGUGAACUUCGGGAUGCAGAGUUUGCAUGGCUAUGCGUCAAGCAUGUUAAGAGCAAUGCCAUUGUGAUAGCAAAGAAUAAUUGUAUGUUGGGUAUGGGAAGCGGGCAACCAAAUCGUCUCGAGAGUUUGCGGAUAGCCUUGAGGAAAGCAGGGGAUGAGGUCAAAGGAGCUGCUUUGGCUAGUGAUGCGUUCUUCCCAUUUGCUUGGAAUGAUGCAGUGGAAGAAGCAUGCCAGAGUGGAGUAGGUAUUAUUGCAGAGCCUGGGGGCAGCAUCCGAGAUCCUGAUGCUAUUGACUGCUGCAACAAGUACGGCGUGUCUCUCGUCUUCACCAAUGUGAGGCAUUUCAGGCAUUGACAUUGACGAUGCUAGUAAACUCUUCCUGGUUCUCCUUCGUCCCCUGAAAUCUUUUAGACUUGGUUGGGACACCACAAAAUAUGUUUUUUUCCUUAAUGCAGAGGCUUGAUGUGGUUGUAAAAUAAGCAAAUUCAAGUCGUCGCCUGAAGUAGAUUAACAUGUAUCCUAUAACUUUCAAUAAUAAUGAAACGCCUCUGAAUACCUUUAAGUAUUGUUCUCAAUCAACGACUGCUGUCUUGUUCCA